AUGGCGAUGAGGCUGUUAACACGAACUUUAGUUACUUUGGACAGAAACAGGAGAGGAUUAAGAUUGUGGGACGUGGUGGUCCUGAUUAUGUCUGAUGCGCGUUAUCUUGUGACCCAGGAGAGGAUUAAGAUUGAGAGGAUUAAGAUUGUGGGACGUGUUGGUCCUGGAUUAUGUCUGAUGCGCGUUAUCAUUGUGACCCAGGAGAGGAUUAAGAUUGUGGGACAUGGUGAUCCUGUAUUAUCUCUGAUGCUCGUUAUCAUUGUGAACCAGGAGAUGAUGAAGAUUGUGGGACGUGGUGAUCCUGUAUUAUCUCUGAUGCUCGUUAUCAUUGUGAACCAGGAGAUGAUGAAGAUUAUAGAGGAGAGGAAUCCUGAUCCAUGUCUGUCAUUGCUGGACUACCUGCGUCACAAACUGCGCCAGACCGGAAGUAAGGCUGCCUGUGCAGAAGGAGGAUGUGGUGCCUGUACCGUCAUGCUGUCAGAGUAUGACGAAAAAACAGAGAAGGUCAGCCAUUUUGCAGUUUUGGCUUGCAUCCUGCCUGUGUGCUGCGUACAUGGUUUGGCUGUCACUACAGUAGAGGGUAUAGGCAGCACCAAGACCAGGCUACACCCAGUACAGAAACGGUUAGCUGAGGCCUCCGGCACCCAGUGUGGAUUCUGUGCUCCUGGGAUGGUCAUGUCUAUGUAUGCACUUCUUCGGAACAACCCUGAACCAUCUGAAGACCAAAUUCGUAGAUUUCUGGAUGGAAACGUGUGUCGCUGUACUGGUUACAGAACUAUACUCGAUGGAUUUCGGACAUUCGCAAAGCCAAAUGUCACCGGCACGAAGCAUCAUUCGUCCUACGACCCGACACAAGAAUCCAUCUUUCCUCCGGAACUUAAGAACAAGUGGAAUUUCUACCAGGGCAAAUCACUCGUGUUCAAAAGUGACAGCUCUACGUGGUACAGACCAACAACAUUGACAGAGUUACUUGACCUGAAGUCCCGUCAUCCCGAUGCCAAGAUUGCUGCAGGGAAUACAGAGAUAUCGGUUGAGACUCAUUGCAAGGGUUUAAAUUACCAUGUGUUCAUCGAGGUCUGCAAUGUCCCGGAACUGAGGCAGGUUUCAAGGUCACCGUCAGGAAUCACGUUCGGCUCUGCCGUCACUAUCAGCAACGUUAUAGAAGCUCUACAGACCGUUGUCAGUGAUAUGCCAGAGGAUAAGACACGAGUGUUCCGAGGUUUUCUGGACGUUCUCAAGUGGUUCGGCAACACACAGAUCAGGAAUGUUUCAAGUAUCGGUGGCAACAUCGUAACAGCCAGUCCUUUGUCUGACCUCGUACCGAUGUUGAUGUCAGCCGGAGCCACCGUCCACGUCGCGAGGAAAGGUAGUGUGUGCAUGUUCUUCAAUCGGUUAACCUCAACAAUUGUAGGAUCCGCUAUUAGGGAGAUGGCGAUUGACCCCAGCUUCUACGUCAAGUACAGGACAACAUGUCUGGACCCUGAUGAUGUCCUGCUGUCUCUAACCAUACCAACAUCAGGCAAGAACGAGUUCUUCCAUGGCUACAAACAGGCAAGCAGGAAGGAAAGCUGCGUUGCAACAUGCAAUGCAGGAAUGAGGGUUGUAUUUGAGGACAACUCCGACGUCUCGUUGGCAAAACGAUCUGGUAACCAAGGCAACCUCCCUGCUGGCCGAGGAACUGCAAUUGGCUCCGGGGCACCCGUGGGGAUGUGUGAAUACAGACAAUCUCUCACCACCAGCUUCUUCUAUAAGUUCUAUCUGUCUGUUCAACACGCUUUAUGUCAUCAGAAUGGGAUUGCAUCAGAUAUACCCAGACAUUUGCGAAGUGCUCUACUGGACAUUGACUACACAUUGCCAAGUCCCAGUCACGUUUAUGAUGACGUCACUUCCUGUCAUCCAGCAGACGACACUGGGAAAAUGUACGGGAUACAGCACGCUACAGGCGAGACAAUGUUUCUGGACGACAUGGCGCCAAGUGAAGGGUCAAGGGAACGUGAGAUUCUUCAUGUGGACGACAUGGCAACAAGUGAAGAUGAGACCCUCCAUGAGUACGAGUCAUGUGAAGGAGAACUAUUCAUGGCCCUGGUGCUCAGUAAGAGACCACACGGUCGUCUUGUUAGUGUUGACGCAACAGAGGCGCUCACUCUGCCGGGAGUGGUGGACUUCAUCACACACAAGGACAUCCCAGGGGCGAAAACCUGGGGACAACCAGGACCAGGAGAAGAGGUUUUCGCCUCGGAUGUGGUCAACGUUCAGACCAUCUACAGGCUGCAGCAACAUUUCCGGAGCACCAACACCACCGUGGGAACCUCCAUUGCCGUGUCGUGUCGCGGUCAGACUAUAGGCGCCAUUGUUGCGGAGAGCGCACACGCCGCCGACCAUGCUGCGUCAAUGGUGAACAUCGUCUACGAAGACCUUCAGUACUUCCUUACAAUUAAGGAAGCUAUAGAGUACGAAUCCUUCCACGGAGCACCCCAGACUCUGACCAAUGGCGACCCCGAUUCUGCUUUCAAGACCUGCGAUCACGUCUUGGAGGGAGAGGCUCGGACAGCACCCCAGGAGCACUUCUACCUGGAGACAAUGGGCACCCUGGUCAUUCCGGGAGGCGGGGAUGGGAAGAUGGAAGUUUAUACCAACACAGAGUCUUCAUCGUCAAUACAGGAAACUAUCUGCAAAGUUUUGGGGGUAACUUCCAGCAAGGUCGAGGUCAAAGUCAAGAACCCAGGAGGAACUUUCUGCGGCAAACAAACCCGGAUCCUGCUCACUUGCCUACCGGCAGCUGUGGCAGCUCAGAAACUGGGGAGACCUGUACGAUGUGUUCUGGACAGACAUGUGGACAUGACAGUCACUGGAACUCGCUGCCCCACCUGGGCACAUUACAAGGUUGGAUUCGACAGUGACGGCAAUAUCAUCGCCUACAGUGUCAACGUCUAUGUAAAUGCUGGGAUGUCGGUGGAUCAGUCACGAGCGAUUCGCCUUACCAACAUGUACAAGACUGGUGACGUUGCACAUUGUUUGGAGUUGUCUCUCUUCAAUGCCAGGCGUUGCUGGGAGGAAUGUAUGAUAGAUUCCCAGUUUGAAAGACGUCGAAAGGAGGUUGAUAAAUUCAACAGUGAGAACAGAUGGAGGAAGCGUGGACUAUCUAUGGUACCAGUCAGACUCGCCAUCUCGUCUCCAGAAGACAGUAAUCAGGUGGGUGUCAUUGUGCAGAUCUACCUUGAUGGAUCCGUCGUCAUCUCACCUGUCGGCGGUAUACCUGGGCAUGAUGCCAACGUCAAGAUGGUGCAGAUCGUCAGUGAGAAGCUGAAUGUGCCCACAUCCUUCAUCCGAACUGAUGAGGCCAGGGAAACUGGCACCCGGUCAUUUGAUGCAGGGAUGACCACGGCUGACCAAUGGGGCCUCGCGGUGCUGGAUGCUUGUGAUAUACUCCACCGACGCUUGCAGCCUUACAUCAGUGUCGACUCUAGUGGAACGUGGGAGGAUCUGGUUCUUGUUGCAGUCAACAACAGAGUUGACCUGACGGCCUCUGGUGUCUGCAGCACCUCAGACCGGAAGUACUUCGUGUGUGGUGCCAGCUGUUCUGAGGUCGAGGUCGACUGUUUGAGCGGGGAGUGUCACGUGACCAGGACUGAUCUUGUCAUAGACGUCGGUCGCAAUCCAAAUCAGGCAGUGGACAUUGGUCACAUCGAAGGUGCUUUUAUGCUGGGCUAUGGUCUAUACGUUUUGGAAGACUACCAGGUCCGCCCGGAUGGGGUGCUGCUCACCCUGGGGCCAGGCACAUACAAGAUACCUUCCAUCGGGAACAUACCCUCCAAGAUGAACGUACACCUGCUGAAUGAUAUCAACAAAGAAGGAACAACCAACGAGUCGGAGGGUGUUGCCGACCUGUCGGUGGUCCUGUCCCUCUCCGUGUUUUUCGCCAUCACUGACGCCGUCAAAUCAGCCAGGGCAGAUGCAGGCAGCACAGGCCGGUUCCAGCUGGAUUGUCCCGCUACUCCAGAAACAGUCCGAAUGGCUUGUCAGGACCAGUUUACGAAACAGGUACAAAACCAUGACAUCAAGUAG